AUGACACGAGCCAAGGAGAUGGGCAUCGACGCUUUUGCUUUGAACAUCGGGAUUGACCCAUAUACCGACACCCAAUUGGGCUAUGCAUAUGAGUCUGCUGCCAAAAACGGAAUGAAAGUCUUCAUUUCUUUCGAUUUUAACUGGUGGAACACUGGACAGGCAAGUGCAAUUGGUGCUAAGGUUAAACAGUACGCCAGUCAGCCCGGGCAGCUGAAGGUUGAUGGGAAAGUAUUUGUCUCUUCUUUCUCUGGCGAUGGAGUUGACGUUGGCUCAAUUCAAUCUGCGGCAGGAGUCGACAUAUUCUUCGCGCCAAAUUUCCAUCCCGGCCAGGGGAAAUUUGAAUCCAUCCAAGGUGCUUUGAAUUGGAUGGCAUGGCCAAAUGAUGGUAAUAAUAAGGCGCCAAGCCCAGGCCACAAUGUUACUGUCAAGCAAGGAGAUCAGUCUUAUCUCAAUUCGCUGGCUGGGAAACCAUAUCUUGCGCCUGCUUCGUCUUGGUUCUCAACGCAUUACGGGGCCGAAGUUUCCUAUAGUAAAAACUGGAUCUUCCCAUCCGACCUUCUCUGGUACCACCGAUGGUGUGAGAUUCUAUCUUUAGGGCCCCGGUUUGUCGAGAUAAUUACUUGGAACGAUUACGGGGAAUCGCAUUAUGUUGGCCCUUUAUCUUCCCCUCAUACAGAUGAUGGGGCAUCAAAAUGGGCCAUGGACAUGCCUCACAAUGGCUGGCUUGAAAUGGCGAAGCCAUUCAUCACUGCCUUCAAGGCCGGCGAGCCGACUGCCGACAAAUAUGUCAAUGAAGAGAAGCUGAUUUAUUGGUACCGCCCGACGCCCAAAAGCUUGAAUUGUGACUCUACAGACACAACAACUACUGGUAAUCCGAACAACAGCAGCGGCAACUUUUUUAGAGGUCGACCUAAUGGCUGGGAGACCAUGGAAGACUCGAUUUUCGUCGUCACGAUGUUGAAAUCACCCGCUAAACUUUCUGUGACCUCCGGAAACAACUCCCAAGACUUUGAAGCAAUGUCUGGAAUCAAUGCUUUCAGCAUCCCGAUGGGUGUCGGGCCACAGAAAUUUGAAGCUAGUAGAGAAGCCAAAGUUUUCCUUUCUGGGACAAGUAUGAAGGAUAUUGUGGAUACAUGCGUCUGCGGGAUCUACAAUUUUAACGCAUACGUUGGAACAAUCCCAAGCUCUUCAGGGAUCGAUAGUCUACAGCCGGACGGACUAGCGCUUCUUUCACAGGGAUUACGAGCUCCGUGUCCCACUAAUACCUUAGUUUAA